AGAAGAAGAAGAAGAAGAAGAAGUAAGAGGAAGUAGUAUCUUGUGUUGUUCUGGAAACACGCUGUUGGAAUUUACUUUCCCCCUUUUCGUGGACCAAGAGAGGAUUUUGAGUUUUGUAACGUUUCUAAGGGGAAGUCCUCAAACGUGUCGAUGGAGGAGGCGCUCAUUCAAACCACGUUUCCUCGGGGCCUGGGGAAGAUCCUCGGUGUUGAGUCAAAGACCAAAUCUAAAGCGGAGGCCUUCACCCGGGCGUUCGUGAAGAACAGCGUCCAGCGGCCAACGCGACUUGACCCGAAGAGCAUGCUGAGUCACAAAGCUGUCAAUCUGAGCUACGCCAGGAUCAAGAGGGACAAGUCCAAGAGGAGCCGCAAGAAAGCCAAAGGACUGAACGCUCGGCAGAAGAGAGCCAUGAAGGUCUUCCAGAUCAAACCUGAGAACCAGAGAUACGAGCUGUUCCUGCCUCUGCAUGAGCUCUGGAGAAAGUACAUCAUUGAUCUGUGCGGGGGGGCGAAUCGCCUGAGCAAUCCACAGUUUCUGCAGCAGAAGCUCGUGAAGGCAGACUUCCACGGUGCCAUCAUCUCCGUGGUCCGCUCUAAAUGUCCUUCGUAUGUGGGGAUGACGGGGAUUCUAGUUCAAGAAUUCAAACACGUUUUUAAAAUAAUCACCAAAGAAGACAAACUGAAAGUGAUCCCGAAGAGGAACAGCGUGUUUGAAAUGGAGAUUAACGGCCUCGUCUCCCACAUCUAUGGAAACCCACUCGAGCAGCGCUCCAGCGAACGCUCCGUCAAGAAAUUUAAAGUUAAAAGAACCAUCGACUUGUGAGGUCACCAGAGGUCACUACAGUGUGCCUCCAAAGAGAGACGUUACAUAACUGACCGCCCUUUAUGCCAGUCAGAAGGAAGCGUUAUGAAACAGACUGAGUUGAGUUGCACAUCAUUUUGAUUUCUUACAGACGUGUUUCUUUGUGUUCAGGGACCUUUCCUGUACCAGCUCAGUGGGCUGAUUGUAAAUAAAAAAACUAAAAUGUUUAAGGCAGAGCUGGUGGAAAAGAUCGCUGCAGGGUGUAAACACAACAGUCAAACUUGGCCCCGCCUCCUGGGCUCAUCAGGAUGUAGCAUCAACGUUACUGCUGGUAGCUACACAAGCUAACAGGAAGCAACACCUUGUUUAAGAAUGAACUUUAUCUGCUCGCCGUUUCGCCUCAUUAGGAUUCUAUUUUCACUUCUUUGCCACUACGGCAAGAUACGUCAUUUACGCCCGUUUGAAUCGUUUCCAAUCGCUGGACUGUAUCCACUCCUAAACUCACCUGUGCGCUGUCAUUGGCUGGAGGAAACACACCAGCUCCCCGCCAUGAAACGUCUUUGUGUCAACCAAAACAAAACAAACCAUGAAAAUCCAGUCAGAGGAGCGAGUCUGUGCAGUCACAACCACAAGUGGUGGUUGAGUGGCAUUCCCUUUGUAUAAGUCUUUCUUUUAUUUUUGAGGAAUAAACUACUGACUCUACCUUUAAAA